AUGAAGCAUCCUUCUGUCGAACCGAAGUUUGCAGUCGAUGUGGCGCUACCUUCUGUUGAUACAAUGGUUUGCUUGAAUGUGAAUGUCACGCCUCCCCAUUGGGUAGACCAAACUCCCCUAAAAGAAGUGCACGAGACAAAUGAAGCUCGGAAUACGGAGUGCCAGUUGGUUGAUGGAAUGGAAGAGGAUUCAGCCACCGGCAAAUCAGAAAACGUUUGUAAUGAUCUCUCUCUUGGGCCUAAAAACGAAGAAAACACGAGUGCUGCAUUGGCCACUGGGCCUCUAGCCUUUCCUGGUGAGCAUGGUGACAAAGGCGUUUGCGCGUCGACGGACGACAAAAGCCUACAACGGAUCCGUUCCUGGCUUUUGAAACCCCUGGUGGCCCAGAGUGGACCACGUGAUAAAUCGGAGGAAAGUUGUAAAGAAACACUACAGCGUCUUGUUGAGGAUAAAAUAUACUUCUAUGGCUUCUACGAACGUAUAGAACGCGCGAAGCCAGUUGGUGCAAAACGGCCAGUUCGUCGAAAACGUGGACAUUUAGGGGAAGAGGCACACGGGCCAAAAAAACAUCGUAGUUCAGAGGCUUCUGUGGAAAACUGUGGUUCAGAGGAAAUCUUCUUUUCCUUUCCUAGCUGGAAACAUGAUAUUGGAAGACCAAUUAUUGAGGUGGAGAAACUAUUCUCACAGUCUUUGCAUUCAGCUCCUUUAUUGGCACCUGGCGAAAAACAGACCUUUUCGCGGUAUGCGUUGAGCAGUGGAAAACUGAGGAAGGAAUGCGCUGAUCCAUAUCAGUUUUUUACAGCAAGAAUACAUGAGCGUCGGCAGAGUUUAGAAGAGUGUCUUUCUGCUGGGGAAAAGAAUGAUGAUGUUAAAAAAGAGAAUGUGUGA